CCACUCCAUCAGGCAGUUAGGCAACAAUCUCAGCCAGUUUGAGUGAACUGCUGCCCCGUUAGGCACAGCCACAAGAACAUUCAGACGGUGGUUUGAGAGAGAAACGGAAGACUGUUACCUUCAGAUCCUAUCUGGGCCUGAGUUUCCCAAAGUCAUCACGACUACAGCAGAAAGAGAAUGGCUGAAUUGAAGUACAUUUCGGGAUUUGGGAACGAGUGUGCCUCGGAGGACCCCCGCUGCCCCGGUGCCCUGCCGGAAGGACAGAAUAAUCCUCAGGUCUGCCCUUACAACCUGUAUGCUGAGCAGCUUUCAGGAUCGGCUUUUACUUGUCCACGGAGCACCAAUAAGAGAAGCUGGCUGUAUAGGAUUCUACCUUCAGUUUCUCACAAGCCUUUUGAAUCCAUUGACCAAGGCCAUAUCACUCACAACUGGGAUGAAGUUGAACCUGUUCCUAACCAGCUUAGAUGGAAACCAUUUGAGAUUCCAAAAGCUUCUCAGAAGAAAGUGGAUUUUGUGAGUGGCCUGCACACCUUGUGUGGAGCUGGAGACAUAAGGUCUAACAAUGGGCUUGCCAUCCACAUUUUCCUCUGCAACACCUCCAUGGGGAACAGAUGCUUUUACAAUUCGGAUGGGGACUUCUUGAUCGUUCCCCAAAAAGGGAAGCUUCUCAUUUACACCGAGUUUGGCAAGAUGCUUGUGCAGCCGCCAGAGAUCUGCGUCAUUCAGAGAGGAAUGCGGUUCAGCAUUGAUGUCUUCGAGGAGACCAGGGGCUAUAUCCUGGAGGUCUUCGGUGUCCACUUUGAGUUGCCUGAUCUGGGACCCAUUGGAGCCAAUGGCUUGGCAAAUCCUCGUGAUUUCUUAAUACCUGUGGCCUGGUAUGAAGAUCGCCAAGUGCCAGGUGGUUACACUGUGAUCAAUAAAUACCAGGGCAAGCUGUUCACUGCUAAACAGGAUGUCUCCCCGUUCAAUGUUGUGGCCUGGCACGGGAACUAUGCACCCUACAAGUACAACCUGGAGAACUUCAUGGUCAUCAACUCAGUGGCCUUUGACCACGCAGACCCAUCCAUUUUCACGGUGUUGACCGCCAAGUCCAUCCGCCCCGGAGUGGCCAUUGCUGAUUUUGUCAUCUUCCCACCUCGAUGGGGGGUCGCUGACAAGACCUUUAGGCCUCCCUAUUACCACAGGAACUGCAUGAGUGAAUUCAUGGGACUCAUCAAAGGUCACUACGAGGCAAAGAAAGAUGGGUUCCUGCCAGGGGCAGCCAGUCUGCACUGCACAAUGACCCCCCACGGGCCCGACGCUGACUGCUUUGAGAAGGCCAGCAAGGCCAAGCUGGAGCCUGAGAGGAUUGCUGACGGGACCAUGAUGAUGCUUGCCUGAAAGCAGUUGCAAUCAAAUACAGGGAAGAAUGCUUCGUCUUCAACAAAAAGGACUGUCUCAGAGACCCAUGGAAAGGAAGAGGACUAUGCCAGCCACUCUGGUGCAGAAACUUCUACUGACAUUGCUUAAAUAACUUUGAGACCAUACUGCUGGUCUGAGUAAAGAUCUCCAGAAUUCUAGUAAAGAAACCAAUGGGUUCACGAAAUUGCUACACAAAACAGAGCAGAAUAAGGACUCAUUAACUAGGACUGAAUGAACUGAUGAGAAUAAUUCUAGGUUUUGUUUGGAAUAUUGCUGAUGUUUUAAUAUUCUAUUUUCUAGAUAUAAGGAAUUCCUUACUCUUUUCCCUUGUCUAUUUAUAAUUCAUAAAACAUUUAUCUUUUUCUCCCUGCCAGGUCUUUCCAGAAUUCAGAAGCGCUUAUUGAAUAUUCUUAUUUUAAUAGCAAAAUAAUUACUUGCAUAUAUUCAAUAAGAAUGUGUCCUCCUAGUUAACAGGGUAUAAUUGGAGACACUAGUUAUAUAACCAAGGCUUUGACUGGAAUGUCAUUUUUGAGAAUGAUGCUCAUUAAAUCAAAUAUAACCAGAAA